AUGGGCUUCAUAUCCACCCUGUCACGCUGCAUGCGCAAAAACCGCCUUUCCAGAAGACUCUCAACAACAAGCAGCAAACUCCACGACGAAGACUCAAACGAUUUAAUCAAAACGGCCUCCGAAACAGGCUCAACCCGCGCAAGCAUGGAAUCCACCUCAACGAUGGUCCACCACUCCUUCCACGACCCAGUGCUUCCAUGCGAGUCCCCGGCAAACCGUAUGCAGAUGAGGCCAGACAAUGGAAAUUUGCGGACGUUGUUCGAUGCCAAUAUACCCUCCAACCAGCCGACAGACCGUGCAACCAGGGCCCUAACCAGACCCGCGUAUCCGAUUUUGAAAUUGGAUUGUCGGUCCCCCGUCGAGGCGCCAAGGAGGGUGUUGCAGGCGCCAGUGGAGAUCGGAAGGGAGAAAGAUAUGAGCAGAACUUCGGAAAAUGCGGCUGGUCAUCCGGGAAAGGGUGCUUCGGGUGUUCCGUCUACAACAAUGGCCGAGAAGGGCUUUUCACCUACUGAGAAAUGUGUGUCUGAGAAGAAGGAUAAGAAGUCCAUGGUGGCUUUGCUGAAGAGGCAUUGUGGGUUGAAUAUCCCGCGCUCGUCGAUUUCGAUUAAGACUUCGUCGCGUAGUCUACAGUCGCCGAAAUGGUUGGAUUCUACUGGGGUGACGGAUGAGGAGGGGUUGGUGGAUAAGAAGAAUGAGAAGUGGAUAGAGGCACAGGAUGAGAAGAAGCGGAAUAGUGUAUUGGGUGGUGUUGGGUUUGGGAGACUGUGGUAG